AUGGCGACAUUUAAAACCAUAGGCUGGCUAUUCACUGCCACUUGGAUGUAUGCUGUGUCCUUUAUCUGGCAUGUUAGCAAUACUGUCUUCAAACGGACGCUGAAUUCAAUCCCUGGUUAUACCGAGCAACAUGGGGCUGAGCACCCACCGCCUACCCUUGAGCGCGAAUGCUCUCCAUCUACGUCGUCGAGCUUGAACAUCCAUCUGUCCGAAGAAAGGCUACCAGACACCCCGCCUCCUGCACCACCGUCGCAACCCAUUGGCCCCGACGAGCAAGAUUUUCAGGAGAUCGGAAGUUGGGAGCACUUUUGCAACGGAAGUUAG